AAAACAACUAUAGUAUCUGCACUUUGGUAUUCGGUUAUUUUAGGUUAAAUCUUUUUCUGCCAUUUCUGCAUUUGAAUUGUCAAUUCGUUUGAAAAUAAUGGAGGAAUUAACACUAGAUGAACGAAAUGCAAGUAUUCGACGUAGAAUGUUAAAUUUGGAAAAAGUUCAUAUAAUGCCAAUGCCUCCAGAUUCUCUCUACAUUAGACCACUGAGAAUGAAUUAUACUCAGGACAGUCGUGAAAAGUAUUGGGACUUAAUGAAGGUUCACGACAGCGUUUGUAUUAUUAUUUUUAACAUUACUCAAAAGAAGCUUGUUUUCGUUAAACAAUUUCGUCCUCCGUGCUAUUUUGCCUCUAUUCCUGAGAAGUUUGGGGAUAUUGACGUCAAAAAAUAUCCAGCAGAUCUUGGGGUUGCUAUGGAACUAUGUGCAGGAAUGGUUGAUAAAAAUAAAACAAUUGUAGAAAUUGCAAGAGAAGAAGUUAUAGAGGAAUGUGGAUAUGAUGCUCCAAUUUCACUAUUCGAGAAAGUUAAUUGUUACAGGUCGGGAGUAGGUUCCGCAUCUUCUAUGCAGACAUUAUUCUACGUUGAAGUUACUGAUGAUAUGCGAACCCAUUCAGGAGGUGGUGGUGCUGACUCAGAGGGUGAAUUAAUCGAAGUUAUCGAAAUGAAUAUUCAGGAAGUAAAUGAUUACCUGCAUUCUGGAAAUGUUCAAAGUCCUCCAAGUUUACUUUAUGGUGUUACUUGGUUUUUAGCUAGUAAACAAAACCGUUACCAAUAAAUUAUAAUUGAAAAAU